GUGUUCAUCGAUUUCCUGCUGAACCGCGUGAAGGCCGCCACCCCGACCGCCAAGAAGCCCGAUCUCGAGAAGGCCAAGAAGGUGAUCAAGGACGCCCGCAAGUGCAACGACGAGCUUGGCGACUACCAGACGGACCCCUCGCCGUCGAUGGAGGGGAUGCGGAAGGCGUGCACGUCCAUGAAGGGGGUGUUUGCGAGCGGCAGGCAGCUCAAGAUCCUCGACAACUGA